AUCUCGAUGAUUGGCAUCCAUCCUUCGAGUGCACACAUCUCAACAUGCACACCAGUUUAUGGUGAUGUGCACGUUGUCUAUGUGUGACUGGCGAGGCAUACGCUCGAUGUAUGCUGACGUGCUCGUCAUAUCUCAACCAUGGUAGCAUUUUGUAUGAAAGAUGCAUUUUGAAGCGUCUCUUUUGCAUAUUCUCUUGUAAAAAAAAGUCUUCUUUCCUAUGUUUGAGAUGUAGCAAUAAAAAGGUUAUUUAGUGUUUAUGUUCCACUAUGAAGGCAGAAUUGGGAUUUCGUUUUGUUGUUUGAUCUAUUGCUUUGAGCUGGGCAGAAAUUUGAAUCUUUGGCUUAUGGAUUUGCCAAAACACCUAUGUUAGUGGAUUUUGAUUCUGACUGAGAGGAUAUUGAACAUGUGAGUUUGGCUACCAUGAUUCGAUGACUUCCUGAUUACACUUAGGCGUCCUCACUCCCCGGAAAACAGCAAUUCAUUUCACUCUCCGGCAACAAUCUCGAGGGCUACGUUCCAUCAGAAAUCAGCCUGCUUGUGUUUCUUGCUGAACAAUUUCAGUGGACCUCUACCAAUCCCCAACGCCUUUUCAUAUCGAACAUUUCAAUGGGGGCACCGGUGAGGGGCUAUUGCGAAGGUGAAGCAUCACCAAACAUUGUCGUGUUGAUUGGGGAUUCCGCCGUAGGAAAAUCGCAGUUGUUGUCUAGGUUUGCCAGGAAUGAAUUCAGCUUGGAAUCGAAGGCCACAAUUGGGGUUGAAUUCCAGACAAAGACGCUCCUCAUCGAUCAAAAAACUGUCAAGGCACAGAUUUGGGAUACUGCAGGUCAAGAGAGGUAUCGAGCAGUGACAAGCGCGUAUUACAGAGGUGCGGUUGGUGCAAUGCUGGUUUACGACAUAGCAAAACGCCAAUCCUUUGAUCACAUGGCCAGAUGGCUGGAGGAGCUAAGAGGGCAUGCUGACAAGAACAUCGUGAUAAUGCUGAUCGGGAACAAGUCCGAUUUGGCGACUCUCCGAGCAGUCCCCACAGAGGACGCUCAAGAGUUUGCUGAGAGGGAGAAUCUGUACUUCAUGGAGACGUCAGCUCUUGAAGCAACGAACGUGGAGGGUGCAUUCAUGACCAUUCUCACGGAGAUAUACCGGAUCGUGAGCAAGAAGGCUCUGGCUGCGAAUGGUGAGUAUUCAAAGUCUUCGUCUUUGAAGGGCACUGCCAUCAUGGUUAAUGGUCAAGGAGAUAACAAAUCUAAGUCUGGUUGCUGCACAUGACCUGAGUGUUUUUUUCUUGAUACAUUGCUGUGUACACACCUUUUUUGGUUUAGAUUAGUCUUCUUUUUUGUGGUUGAAAUGACAGAACUGGUGUUGCAUAACUGAGCAAAGCUUUCAAGAUAUUGUAAAGCAGCAAAGUACUUGGCUUUUGCAUUUUGAUGUACAUGUAGAAUUUUGGCAUUUUCCCAGUUAAAGAAGCUUGCAGUUUUCUUAUCUUUGCUGAUAAGAGAGAGGAAGAGAGACCAUACAUUCAUUCCAUGAUUUUAAAUC